CCGGCCGUGGACGAGAUGCACCGGGACCUGCCCUGGAACGCCCCAGAACCACCCCCCUACACGGCCGCUUCUGCCCAGUCUUGCCGGCCUUCCUUCUUUGGCUCCACCUUCAACAUCAGUCUGCACAAGGAAGAGAUGGCGUUCCAGCCCGGCCCGGAGAGGCAGGGGAGGAGGGCACGCCCGCUGGCAUCCUCCGCCGCCUCCUGGGCUGCAGUCCCCCCAGCCCCCACCAGGACGAGCUCCAAGACCAAGCUACUGCUGCCCAGGAAGGAAGGCCUCCUGCCUGAGGGCCCGCCCGAGCAGCUUGGGGUGCCAUACAGCACUCGGGGAUGGAAGCUGGGGCGGGGGGAGAAUGCAGCUAAGCCCCCUGCGCUGUAUGGGAGGUCGGGCUACCACAGCACCCGGCAGACACGGCUCAGCCCCACCCCCAUGGCGUUCCCACCAGCACCCCCUGCACCCGCCGGUCUCCGCUGAGGCCCUGGCGUCCGGGCAGCCCAGAGCCCGCAGCCUGGGGUGCAAGGGGCCCGGCGGAGCUUGGCGCUGCUCCCGGAGUGCGCAGGGGCCUCAGUGGAGCCCCUGGAGCUGGGUCACAUCAAGAGGAAGACGGUGGAGUUUAACCUGACCGACACGUCAGCAGCCCCGAGAGUCCUCUCCGAGAACCACGCACGACACUCGGACCACGACCCCUACUGGGCCUUGGACAGCAGGUCUGUGCUCUGCGCCAGCCAGGCUCACCGCACCCUCCCUGGGCGCCCUCCAGCCCCACCCCAGCUCCCCUUGCUCUGA